AACCGUGGGCAAGACUAGACUCUGUUGGGAUUGUCGGAGAGGUGAGAAGUUGUGGCGGUUAAAAAACCAGACAGGCGAGUCAAUGAUAUUUCUUUAUCUGGUCCACGUUGCUGCUACCUCGAGUACCGGAGCAAUGUCCUCUGUUCGCUGGUCCGUACGAGAUGGAUAUUGGCAUUGGUCGAACGUGCGAAGAGUGGCAUCCGAGUCCCGACGCCUUAUCAGCAAGGACGAAACAGGCAACGAUUCCCACGACUCCGCUCUGACGCCAUGAAGUACAUUGAUCAGCCAGCGCUCUCUCGUCUCGCCCAGUCUCUCACCCAUGAAGGUCCAGAGUGCUCUGUACAUACUCGGAUAGAGGUGUACAGCUGCAAGAACGUCAAGCGCGACAAGAAGCUGUUCCGGUCGCUCGAGAAUGCCUACAAGGACGAGGCAGCCCAUUCACCGCCAGUUCCCUCCUGGCUCUCUCUCGACGAGCCGGAGAUGACGCCUUUUGGGCCCAUCGACAAGCAUGCCUCACGGAAGACUCUUUAUCUUCUCAUUGCCACCCUCAACAUCGCAUUCCCUGACUACGAGUUCUCGGAUGUACGACCUGGGCAUUUCAACAAAGAGGAGAGCGGAGCAGCGGUACUUAACGCCCUCAGCACGACGCUGGUAUCACCACAUCGGGCUGGCGUCAGUGCACCGCGCACGUACUCUUCCUAUCCGCCCACGUCGUCCGACUUCUUCCCGGAGCCUAAACCCACGUCCUCGUCGCCGGUCAACAGCCUUCUCCAAAGCCCCUAUGCACCGCCUCCGAUAGAGUCUGGCACCCACCCUUUCAUUUACCGCCUCCUCGACGACGUGAUAGGCCUCUCCGAGUGCGAGGUCUUCUCGUACGUGCCCGAGAUAGAGGCUGAUCCCCACGCUAGCGACUUGAGCGACGACGACGAGUAUCCAGCCAGUGAUGAAGACGAGUCGACAGACGAAGAAGAGUUGUUCGAGUUUGACGACUACAAUGUUGACGAGGCCAAGUCGGCGCCUAUACCUAUGACGCCACGCAGUCGUUCGGAUGAUAGUUUCGAGUCUGGCCUGAGUUACCCCACGAGGAAGCGUCGUGGGGCGCUGUUGUGGUCCUCUCACUGGUUCUUUCUGAAUCGCAAGCAGAAACGUAUAUUGUUUAUCUCGGUGUGGGCGAGGACAAGAAGUACGGGAAAUUCGUGGACGGCUGGGGAGAAGACGGGCUACCAUAGGUGGUCGAGCUCGGUGGAUACUGGUUCGGAGAGAUUUUUGGGAUGGGAAGGAGCUUCAGGUGCAGGUGCCCGUGCUCUGGGGUUGACAACGUCUUUGUGAGCUUUUUUUUCUCUUGUAUGUGUGUAUAUCUAUGGGUUCAUGGUCAUUUUACUGUACAUUAUCUAUGUUGCUACUGUACUUGUAUAUUGCUACGAACCUUAUGAACCAGAAGGCUGAAUAGAUCAGACUUUGUUUAUUGCAGACUCGAUGCGCAUUCACAAGCUUCGUGGGAAUUUGCAAUAGAAGCAGG